AAAGCAUUCAGCAAAAUGAUGCCUCGCGCCCGGAACAUAUUAGGUGGCAUGAGGGCUUUCGCAUCUCCAGUCGCUACCAGGAACUUGUGCGGUUUUCCUCUCGGUGCAAAAUGGCUCUGCACGCAACCCUCCUGUGCUAAAAGUGUCGAUCUUCCGUCUGAAGCUGAUGCUGUUGUAAUAGGUGGUGGAGUGAUGGGUUGUUUCACCUUGUACCAGUUAGCACGUCUAGGCUGCUCUCCUCUUCUCUUGGAGAGAUCCCAACUUACUAGCGGCACGACAUGGCACACUAACGGAUUGUUGUGGAGUAUACGUCCUGGUGACGUAGACACAGCUAUACUAAACAUUACCAGGUCCGCUGUACUGGAAAUCGAGAAGGAAGAGCCGGCAGGCUGGACUACCAAUGGCGGCCUUUUCAUCGCAAAUAACAUGACGCGCCUCGAAGAAUACUCGCGGCUCUACACGCUGGGGCGGACGGUCGGGGUUCCGUGUGAGCUUCUGGGCCCCCGCGAAGUGUCGAAGUUGUACCCGAUGAUGGAAGUUAGCGACGUGACAGGAGCCCUCCACAGCCCUGGUGACGGCACGCUGGACCCCUCGACGUUGUGUAGGGCUCUCGUCAACCGAGCCAAGCUUCAUGGGGCCAAGGUGUGUGAAAACGUGGGCGUGACAAACAUUGAGACGGAGGAAGGCAUGGGCGGCAGAAAGACGAUCAGAUCCGUCACCACCACUGUGGGUCGAGUAAAGACUGAAGUGGUCAUUAAUUGCGCAGGAGUAUGGAGUCCUGACAUCCAGAAAAUGGCCGGCAGCGAGGAAGCACUGCCCGUGGUGGCCAUGAAGCACAGCAUGGUGGCCAUGGACACAAUACCCGGCGUGAGGACGUUACCCAAUGUGCGAGACCACGACGCGAACAUGUGUCUCAGAGUGCAAGGCGAUUCGCUGAUCAUCGGGGGCUACGAGCUUAAUGCACCUCGCUGGGAGAAGGUAGACCCCCAGUUCGCCUUCGGUCUCUUCGACUUCGACAUGAACGCCUUCAGUGAGAUAAUGGAAGGUGCCGUCCACCGGGUUCCUCGCCUGGCUCAAACGGGCAUCAAAGCCACCAUCUGCGGUCCGGAGGCAUUCACGCCCGACAGAAAACCUUUAAUUGGCGAAGACGCAGAGGUGUCGGGGAUGUACCACGGGUCGGGCUUCAACAGCUCUGGCAUGAUGAUGUCGGGGGGGUGCGCGGAACAGCUGGCGCAGUGGGUGGUGCACGGGAGGCCAGCGCUUGACAUGACCGCGUAUGACUGUCGACGCUUUUCAAGUCGGGUUCGUCGCCAGCCGCAGUGGGCGUGGGAAAAGAGUCACGAGUCUUACGUUAAGAAUUAUUCCAUAGUGUUCCCCCGGGACCAACCUUUAGCAGGACGACGGGCUAUUACAGACCCUCUCUUUUCGACACUGACUGAUGCCGGAUGCUUCUGGGAGGAGGCGAAGGGCUGGGAACGCCCCGCCUUCUUCACAGGGACCGCGACGCCGCUCCUUGACUACGACUGGCGAGGGGCGUUUGACUGCACACUUCGCGAACACUAUCCUUACAGAGACAUUCUGCAGCAGUCGCAUACUUUUAAUCUCCCGAAAUACUAUAAACAGAUAGAACAUGAAUACCUCGCCAUGAGAGACGAUUCAGCCGUGAUCAAUCAGUCAUCAUCGGGGAAGAUGCUCCUCUCCGGGGCGGACGCUGACAGGGCAAUCGACUGGUUGUUUGUCAGUGACGUCGGACGAGAGCCUGGCUUUGUGACAUCUUCCCUUGUCCUAAACACGGAAGGAGGCGUGGAAGCUGAUGCCACAGUGUACACUUUGAAUUCAGAUACCAGACUAGAGUGUGAAGGCGAGGCUAAGUACUUGGUAACGUGCGGCAGCGGGAUGGAGCCAAUCGUCAGCCGUCUCUUGUGGGACUUGUGCUGGAAACAAGGCUUCAGUACUUCCAUUAAGCCCGUCACUCACGAGACUGGUGUUCUAACCUUGUAUGGACCCAACAGUCUGCAGGUACUGCGAGCGACGGACAUCGCCGUGACAGCCAUCCAUCCAAACCGCCACCAGCUCGUCAGUCUAGCAGGAACGCAAGUACGUGUGUGCGGACGGUCGGCUGUGUGCUGGGAGAUCCAUGCAAAGGUCGAGGAGCUUAUAGCUGUCUACGAGGCACUUACGGCUGUCAGCGACAGGUACAGGCUCAUCAACGCUGGCUACUACGCACUUAAUAUCAUCAGCUUGGAGCAAGGGAGCUGCAGCUGGAACUCAGACAUUCGGAGGGGCGACACUCCCCUUGAAGCGGGCGUGUGGAGGCCUGGCCAGAUCGAGGACGAAGGCCAACGCCAGUUCUUGGGGCGGCCUGCUCUUCUGCGCCAGGCGGCCAAGGGUGUGACCAAGUCUAGGGUCCUACUCGAGCUGCCGGGGUGUCCGCCGCUGUGGGGUGGCGAGGCCAUCGUGAGGGACGGUGAUAUUGUGGGCGGAGUUCGAAGGGCGGACCACAGCUUCGAGUGCGGGAGUCCGUUGGCCGCGGGGUACGUGGCGCAUGCGAGGACACACGCCCAGACCGCGCGCUUGCUCUUCCAGACUAGUAGAUGGGAAGUAGAAAGAAUGGGAGAACGUUUCCCUGCAGUCCUUCGAGAGUUUUAAAAAGUCAUCAGUAAGAAUAUUGCAGCUUAGUAAUUAUUACUGUGAUUAUUAGCUGCACUUCUCAUUGUGAAUUUAUAUAAAAAUACACCAACCUUUCAACUCCUUUAUAAAUCAAAUAUAAGCAUCAUGCAUUUGAUUUCAUUAAAGCCAAACUUCCAGUGAUGUCGAGACUUAUUCAAAUAGGUAUACUAAUUCUUGUCAUAUUUCUUGCCUAUAUAAAAUACUUCACAAAACUGAAGUACAAGUACAUGUCACAUAAUAGAAAACAAAUUCUCCAUAUAUGAUUGUAGGGGGAAUUUUGCAGCAAAUAUUUUUCUUUUAAUAAUGAUUUUACUUUUGAUAGUCAUUUGAAAUCUAUGAAUCAGAAUAAUGCUUACUUUAUCAAUAUAGUGUUAUAUCAAUAACUCAUAUAAUUGUGAAAGUGGUAAAAGGUGUAACUAAUCUUGGUUAAUAUAUAAAACCAUAUCUAAAUGUUAAAUUUAUUUAUAGAUAUAUAUUUCCAUGAGUUGAGAGGAAAUAGAGGCAUUUAUUGGAUGAGAAGACUUACAAAUAGUAGAACAUGCUGUCCAUUUGGA